GUUAUAUAAAUAGCAUCUACUUGUACUUUUUGCAUCAUUUGUGUAUUAAUGAUACUGUAAUAAUGUCGUCUUCUGUGUUUUCUUUAUGUUUGGUAGCUGUUUUGAUUAAUCUGGUUUAUGCAGGAGCGGUGACAGAUGAACGGAAGCCUUUUGAUUGUCCGGAAAAUGAAUAUUAUGAUUUCUGUGCUCUGAGAGUCUGCUACAAAAAGUGUUCAGAUUUGAAAUACACCCCUCCUUGUCCUUCGAUAACACCUGACUGUUUCCACCCUGCAUGCUUGUGUAAAGAAGGACACCUCAGAAACAAAGAUGGCGUUUGUGUAACUACGAGACAAUGUUAUUCAGAUAUACACAAUAAUAAGAUAUAGAUAAAAAUACUUUGACAAUUUUUAUCUAGGUGUUUUUAUAUAUCAAAAAAAGAAAAUAAAAAUCUCCAACAGCGAAUGUGUGUUAACACAUCUCUUUUAAUUUGUUUAUCAUUGAAAUAAAUAAG